AUGAAUAUGACGACUCGAUUAUCGGCUUUUCAAUCAAACCCAGCCAGCUUCAUCGAUUACACAAUCUUAAAGCCAAAUGCUACUGAAAAUGAUAUCACUCAAUUAUGUGAAGAAGCGAAAAAAUAUCAAUUUAAAUCAGUUUGUGUAAAUCCUUGUUGGGUGAAGAAAUGUGUUGAUUUAUUAAAAGGUACAAACGUGUUAGUUUGUACAGUGAUUGGAUUCCCUUUGGGUGCGAAUUCGAAGAAGAUUAAAGCUUACGAAACCAAGACGGCUUUGGAAGAUGGAGCUGGUGAAAUCGAUAUGGUGAUGAACGUAGGAAAAUAUCUCAGUGAUCCAUCAAAGGCAGUCAAGACGCUCGAAGAAGACGUAGGAGCCGUGGUCAAUGAGCUCAAAACAGCCUCUAUCCCACUGAAGGUCAUCAUUGAAACCAGCUUGUUACAACCUGAACAAAUUCGACAAGUCUCCCAAAUCUUAGCUUCGAUUGACGGUGUAAGCUUUGUAAAAACCUCAACAGGUUUUACAGGUCCAGGAGCUCAACCUGAACAUCUUCAAAUAAUGAGAGGAUGCUUGCCAGAAGCUAUAGGAGUCAAAGCGAGUGGUGGAAUCAAAACUUGGGAAGAUUGUGUGAAGAUGAUUGAAGCUGGAGCCAAUCGGAUUGGAACCUCAUCAGGUGUUAAAAUUAUGGAAGAAUCUCAUAAGAAUCAAUGUUAA